GGUAUAUCUUCAACCACACCUAUAAUAUUCAGCAAAACUUAGCUAGAGGGAUGGCUUCAGAAUCCUAUAAGACGGCUCCUGAUACCACCACGUCGUGGGAGAAGGAGGAGACACGGCCACCGGUUGCACCACCACGACAGCCACCGCAGUCGAGAGCUUCGGCAGCCUACUUUGCAUUGGUUGAUGUGGUUUUGAGAUUCCUACUGUUUGCUUCAGCUUUGGCUGCUGUUUUGGUUAUGGUUACUAGCAAGCAAACUAAAAUAGUUCCAAUACCAAUUUAUCCGUUCCAGGCUCCUGCCUCUGCUAAGUUCAAUCAUUCGCCAGCUUUCAUAUACUUUGUAGCAGCACUUUCUGCUGUGGGCUUUUACAGUAUUAUUUCCGGUCUCUUCUCCUUGUUUGCCCUCUUGAGGCCUGGUAGCUUUCCAAAAGUGGUGUCUCAUUUUCUCAUAUUUGAUGUACUAUUCUUGGGAGUCGUAGCAGCCGCAACUGGAACAGCGGGCGGAGUUGCCUAUAUAGGUUUAAAAGGCAAUUCUCACACUGGAUGGAGAAAGAUUUGCAAUAUCUACGACGAGUUCUGUAGGCAUAUCGGAGCUUCCAUUGCUGUGUCAUUGGUCGCUUCCAUUUUGUUGGCAUUGCUCGUCUUGUUCUCGAUUUCCUCCCUCUCCAAGAAAAUCCCCAGGUAGAGGAAUCCCUGGUCCUCAUCAGUCGAAUGUGUUAAAGUAUGUUUGAAAUGUAAUGUCCGAUACAACUGAUCGAGAUUUUAGUUUUCCCCCCCCUUUCAUAAUAUUGUGUAAUACAAUAGAAUUCGACGUGCCAAACAUAGACGUUUGUAUCUUGUGAAAAGUUGGAUUUCAUGUCAAGUAUGUAACUGUUUGAUAGAUCUAGGAUUCGGUUUGUAAAGUUAUUGUGUUAUGCAGUUUGUUUAAACAUAAUGAUUGUCAGCUUUCAUGGUUCUAACUGUUUGAUAGAUCUAGUAUUCGGUUUGUAAAGUUAUUGUGUUAUGUAAUUUGUUUAAACAUAA